AUGACCUCUGCAACAUAUCCGAUCCCAACGCUAGCGGCCUCAGUUCCUAGAAGACUAUCCUUCUUCGUCACCCAUUGCUCGUCAAAUCUGUAUCGUUCCAAAGCCUGUGGGUUCGAUGGAUUUUCACGCCUCAGAUCUGUUUACGGCUCAACAACACUCGCCAAGUUUGAUAAAUUUCAAGGCGGCCGGGACAAUUUUGAACAAGAUAAUCCACAACAAGUUGAAGAAUUUGAAGAGGAUGACAGUUGCCUUCCUUCUGAUUUGGAGGGUGCAGUGCAUCAAUCAGGCCAAGCAAGUGCGGAGUUUAUUUCUUCAGGAGGAAUGAGAGCUAUAGUAGAGCUAUUAAUUCCACAGCUGCAGUUCCUUGAUAAUGAAGGGGCCCAAGCAGAGCUUUGGGAGCUGUCAAAGAUCUUUAUGGACACUCUAAUUGAAGAGACGGGAGGCCAGAUGGCCUCUGCAACAUAUCCGAUCCCAACGCUAGCGGCCUCAGUUCCUAGAAGACUAUCCUUCUUCGUCACCCAUUGCUCGUCAAAUCUGUAUCGUUCCAAAGCCUGUGGGUUCGAUGGAUUUUCACGCCUCAGAUCUGUUUACGGCUCAACAACACUUGCCAAGUUUGAUAAAUUUCAAGGCGGCCGGGACAAUUUUGAACAAGAUAAUCCACAACAAGUCGAAGAAUUUGAAGAGGAUGACAGUUGCCUGCCUUCUGAUUUGGAGGGUGCAGUGCAUCAAUCAGGCCAAGCAAGUGCGGAGUUUAUUUCUUCAGGAGGAAUGAGAGCUAUAGUAGAGCUAUUAAUUCCACAGUUGCAGUUCCUUGAUAAUGAAGGGGCCCAAGCAGAGCUUUGGGAGCUGUCAAAGAUCUUUUUGGACACUCUAAUUGAAGAAACAGGAGGCCAGGUUGGUCUCUGA